AUGCUUGUGACCGCAAAAGAUAGGUGUAAAGCAACAACCAUUCAUGCAGUUAAUGACCUGAGUACUUCAGGUUUUGGUGCUCAUACAAUCGGUGAUUUUCGUGGUCUAGCGAUGGUAAUGCGUGUCGUUCGAGUGAUGCGGGUUGCGCGAAUAUUUAAACUAGCUCGAUACUCAAGCGGACUGAAGUCAUUCGGUAUGACUGUCAAAACUAGCCUUCCGGAGUUGUCAAUGCUUUUGCUAUUUCUUCUAACAGCAAUAAUUUUCUUUUCAACAUUAAUGUAUUUUGCGGAGCGCGAUGAACCGAACACAAAAUUCAGAUCAAUUGCACAUGCUGGCUGGUGGUGCAUCGUCACGAUGACAACUGUCGGCUAUGGCGACUACUAUCCUGAAACAUUAUUUGGCAAACUUAUUGCCAGUUGCGCAAGUAUAUCUGGUGUGCUUGUGCUGGCAUUCCCGAUCACCAUGAUUGUGGAGAACUUUUCGCGCAAUUAUGACAGUGAAAAGAAUGAUUUCAAACGUGUUCAGCGCCGACGGCGAAUGGCUAAAGCUUAUGGAUAG